CUCUACUGCAGCCAUAGGCUGCAUUAAACUGCAGUUGAAAAUACUUGGGAUCGGAGGUUGAAUCCAUUGAUUUUUGACGAUGUAACUCCUCUCUGCAAGGUUACGGCGACAGUUGAAUAAAAAACCCCUUCAUUUUGUGUAUAACCACCGCAAAAAGGGCAUAUGUGCUCCUCGCCGCUUGAUUUCCGACUCGCGGUGCUCAGUGUUGUCGGGGUAAUAGAGUCCGUUUCAGCUGCACUGCAUCAACAUGGGUGUGAUCGGUGUGCAGCUGGUGGUUACCAUGGUAAUGGCCAGUGUAAUUCAGAAAAUCAUACCUCAUUAUUCCUUCGCAAGAUGGCUACUCUGCAGUGGCAGUCUGCGGUGGUAUCAGCACCCUACGGAAGAUGAGUUGAGGAGCUUAGCUGGGAAACAAAAAGGACAGAAGAGGAAAGACAGGAAGUACAACGGUCAUAUAGACAGUAAGCCGCUAACCGUCCCCAAGGACAUCGACUUACAGCUGGAGACGAAAUGCAUCACAGAAGUCGACACGUUAGCAUUGCACUACUUCCCAGAGUUCCAGUGGCUGGUGGAUUUCACUGUAGCGGCAACUGUGGUCUAUCUCAUAACAGAACUCUACUAUAAUGUGGCUCAGCCCUCAGGAGAGAUGAACAUCAGUGUGGUUUGGUGCCUGCUAGUACUCACUUUUGUCAUUAAAAGUCUUUUCUCUCUAACGGCCCACUACUUCAAGCUGGAGGAAGGAGGCGAGCGUUCACUCUGCAUUACUUUUGCUUUCUUCUUCUUUGUCAAAGCCAUGGCCAUUCUCAUCGUCACUGAAAACUACCUGGAGUUUGGUCUGGAGACAGGUUUUGCAAACUUCUCUGACAGUGCUCUACAGUUUCUGGAGCACCAGGGCUUAGAGUCCCAGGGUCCCAUAUCUAAGCUCACCUUCAAGCUGAUCUUGGCCCUGCUGUGCUCCCUGAUUGGAGCAUUUCUAACUUUCCCUGGUCUACGAUUGGCCCAGAUGCACCUAGAUGCACUCAAUCUCACCACAGCCAAAUUUACACAGACUCUGCUUCAUAUCAACUUCCUGGCCCCUCUUAUCAUGGUCCUGCUGUGGGUGAAGCCCAUUACCAAGGACUACAUAAUGAAUCCCACUCUGGGAAAGGAGAGUGUGCCUUUGAUGACUGAGCAGACGUAUGAUACGUUACGGUUAUGGGCCAUCAUACUGAUGUGUAUGCUCCGGCUCGCUAUGAUGAGACAUCAUUUGCAGGCCUACCUCAACCUGGCCCAGAAGGGUGUGGACCAGAUGAAGAAGGAGGCUGGACGGAUAAGUACCGUUGACCUGCAGAAGAUGGUUGCACGUGUUUUUUACUACUUGUGUGUAAUUGCACUACAGUAUGUUGCACCGCUGGUGAUGCUGUUGCAUACAACUUUGCUGCUAAAAACCUUAGGUGGACACUCCUGGUGGGUCUAUCCUGAAGAAGACCUGCCUUGUACCCAUGAAAUGAACUCUGACUCUGUGAUGGGGGCAGCCCCAACGCCAGCUUCAGUGGUAGAAACAGGAGCCCGGGCGUCAGUAGCCCAGCUGUCAGUGGCCCUGGGAGGCUUGCGGACUGUCUUCAGCCCCUUGCUGUUCCGGGGCCUCUUUUCCUUCUUUACUUGGUGGAUUGCUGCCUGCCUCUUCUCCACCUCUCUUUUUGGCCUCUUCUACCAUCAGUAUCUCAUGGCGGCAUAGCGUUGCAAACCCAGCAGUUCGACUUGAUCAGAAAGGACUGAGUGGGGGUAACAGAAGCAUAUUCUGCUCCAUGACUCUCAAUCACUCACUCCCUCCCUCCCUCCAACCACGUCACAAUGACUGACCAUAUCGUUAGAGCUCCUGGUUCAACUUCCAGUGCUUCCUCCACAGAUGACUCUGUGAACUCUUGUCAUUGUUUUUACUACUACUACAACUACCUUUUUAAUUUGGAGAGAAAGAUUUAUAAACCUUAAAAACAGAUUGACUAAAGUAUGAGUUUGAAGAAUAGUAAUCCGUGUUAGUGGUGUGUUGGCAUAGUAAUGACAAUUCGGUCCAGUUUGCUGUAUGAAAUUUGAAUGACAUGAGGUGAAAGACUAUCUCAGAGGCUCAUUACAAUUUAUUUUACAUGGUGAAACAUAGUGUGGCCCUUCUGCUCAGCUCCACCAGUUUUAGAGAAGCCAGUGAGGAGAGUUUAAUGUUAAUGCACCUGAUCACAAGAGUUUCAUCCAUCAACAUCUUCAGGUUCAUGAUGUCUUUUAUUUUAGAAAGCUCAAAGGGUAGCUUCUUGAGACUUCAUGCAUGUCAAUAGGAGUCAGAUUUCAGACUGUUGUCCUCCUGUUUAAAUUUCCUCUGUCUUCAGUGGUCACUAAGGCUCCUUUUAAACUAGUAUUGACAAUGAAUUACAUCACACUUAUCCAGGUAAAACUUCUGGGGUUGCUCUGCAUGACUGCAUACAUGCUGUUAGGUUUAAGUAUGUAUGUGCAUGGCCUUGACAUUACUGUAAGAGUCAUGCAACAGCCUAUAUUCCAGUUUGUAUCACAGUCCCUGAUGGAUCCAAUUUCACACAGUGAUACAUACAUGAAGCUACAUUUAGCUUCAUAUAAUAUCAUGGAUGCUAAUGUGUGACUUCAUAUUAGCCUAAAAUCACACUAACUAAUUUUUUCCUUGUAUAACACUGACAACUGUUAUACGUGUGCCCAUGUUUGUCUUGUGAUCAAACCUUAAAAAUAUGUGUAUUCAAACAAGAUAGCUUGUUUCACUUAUAGGUCUAAAUUCCGUUGACCACGGACCACAGACGAGUCUGAGAGAGUCUUAAAAUUUCGUAGCAAGGACCAAUGUGUCACUGUUUGUUAGAAGAGCAUGUGGGGCUGCCUAUGGAUAUUGCCAGAAUAUCUGGUUGGGUAUAGCUGUGGGCUCACCAGAGUUGGAGAGUGGACAACUGCAGAAGAGUUGAGGAGGAAGAGGAGAUGCUAAACACGUGGGUAGACAUCUUAUUGACUUGAAGCUGUUGUAUUUAAAAUGUGUGCAGUUGAACUUGCCAUAAACAUCACACUGCCAUAGAGGACAAACUUGUGUUUUUAAAUGAAAGGCGUUCCAACAGAUUUGUGAUGUUCAAUUUGCAUUGUAACCUCCCUGGUUUUAACUGAGCCAUUUUAGAAGCAAUGAGAGAAUUUGAGUGUUGGGGGGGGGGGUUGCGCGGUAGUGAUUAUUUUAAAGGCAGGACCGCACUGAGGGCUCAGUCAAGAUAUGUGCUUGUGUCCAUGUGUCUGUCUGUAUGUACAGGAUCUCUGCUGUAGGUCAGCUGUAACCUGAAAGGGCAUUGUGAUGAGGAGAUGAUUUCAACAACUGUUGAUAAGCUACCACCAUGUUCUGCUUUCCUUUUUACCCAUCUAUAACAAUCUAUUGUUUUUAUUUAAUUUUUUUGUAAUGGAUCAAAUAGUUGGUUUUUUUUUUCAAUGGUGCCAAGUGAGUAUGUUCCCCUGUCCCAAUGUCUGUAGAUUUGGUGUCUGCUAGUGUUUGAAAUUGCAACUCUGUGGCCUUCUGUUUUUUGUAGUUCCAUCUUGAUUAGGAGGGAAUCACAAGCUCUGGUUCACAACAGGAUAUAACGGUAUUUACAGUGUAUUCGCAUACUGUAGUUUUGGUGGGUAAAUGUACGCACAAACAGUCAUUGUGCUGAUAAAGCACUGGGCCAAUGAUUGUCCACUCUAUUCAGGAAUGUAGGGUACAUGGUGCGAGAUCAAUUACAGAUCACACAAUCCUGUGAUUCCCUGGCAUUUCAUGUUGUCAUUACAUUUAAUAUAUCAUACAGCUGUAAUUUCUGAAUUCCAGCACUGUUUUUUGUUCAGGACACAUUUUACAGAGUCGAGCAGCACCAUAUCACAUUUGUAAGCUCCUGAUGUUGAAGGUCUUAGCUCAGUUUUUGUCUGUUUUUAAAUGAUGGGGAAUAUGCACAUAAUGAAUGUAUCAGUCCUGCCUAAUUUCUAGAUUGUUUUCAUGAACAUAAUUUGUGUGGUUAAUUGAUUUAACAUCCCCCACCCCCUGCACUUCCUUACCUUUUUAAUUAUCUACUACCACCUGUUAAAUCUACCUUUAAAUCUAAAUCUAAUUUGUCCUAAUGACUAUUGUUAUUGAUUGAUCUUUUGGUUUUGUAUUUAUUACAUGUUGAGGCCUGUAAACAUUUCUAAUUUAACAGCAAAACACUUCAUUUGUUAUUGGAGUACAUGAAGACUUCAAGUCAGUUUUGAAAUUCUUUGACAAAUCAGUUACAGAUUACUUCUUGUUAAUGGUCUGGUCUAAGAAGUUGGUAUACUUUCAGAAUUCAGUGGCCUGAUGAGGCAUUGUUUCUUCUGUUUGUUAACGCUGAAAGUGUUUUUAUUAUUCAUUGUUGGGUUCACAAAGUAAAUUACACACAUUGUUGUCAUGUAUUUAUUUCUGCUUAGAUUUUGUCUUAAAUAAAUUAUGUUCUUUUUAUCUUUAUGCUUAAUUGGCUCGACUUCCUAACAGGUACAUUUACAAAACUGUAGAUGCGUUUGGCACUUUAGGUAUGUGUAUGUUGUAUAGUCUUCUGGUAAAUUCAAAGCAAUUUCUAGAAGCAUAUGUUUUUAGUGUUGAAAGAAGUGCUCAUAAUUGUGUCAGCUUAUAGCCCUAGGAAGUAGAAAUAUCACAUGGGUUUCUUGGUCACUGUCAUUCAGUGCUGCAGAUGACCAAAGAGAAAAGCUGAAUUAAUAACUUUGAGUUUUGUAAGUCAAUAAACCACAAUGACAGCAAGUCACUAUUGCUAUUGGCCCAUAUAAGAGAAUGACCAACAACUUCAGAUAUCAUGCCUCACCAAAGACUCGUUUUUAAAAUUGUUGGUUUGUUGUCUCGGUCUGUCGCUCUUUGUUGAAUCUCUCUCUCCUUUCUUCCAAAUCAUGCCAACAGGAGUAAAAGUUCUUGAAAUAUGAUUGAAAACAAAAAGUACAUUUUUGGAGUGCUGUGUUUUAAAUUGUUCUCUUGUUUUAGCUAGUUCUGUACUAAAACACAUGGAAACAUCCAACAGGCAAAUAUGAGUUUUAUUUUUACAGGAAUGAAGACGAUUUGGCUGAUUCGAAACAGAGUCAGAGUGUGGAACACUGUUAAAUAAUAAAUAAUGUAAAGUGGU